GAUGGCGCACAUGUCGCCGAUUAAGGCGCGUGCGUGACCAUCUUUGUUGUGUUGUUGUGGUUGAUUCGGCGGAGGCAGCGCGAGCUUCGGCCGCCGAUUUGGGCCGAAUUCGGCACCAGACCACUCAAAGGUGGACACCUUGCCGCAGGAAGCAUUCGGGCGACGAUUGCCGCAGCCGUCAGCAGCGCCUCGGGCGCCGCAAUGGUUUAGUUCGUGCAGGGAGAUAUUCAACCAACGAGCUGCCAGAGAAAGAUGAAGGAGAUGGUCGGCGGUUGCUGCGUAUGUUCCGACGAGCGCGGCUGGGCGGAGAACCCACUCGUAUAUUGCGACGGCCAGGGCUGCAACGUCGCCGUCCACCAGGCAUGCUAUGGCAUCGUGACUGUCCCGACCGGACCAUGGUACUGCAGAAAAUGCGAAUCUCAAGAGAGAGCUGCCCGAGUGCGCUGUGAAUUGUGCCCCAGCAAAGAGGGUGCCCUGAAGAGAACGGACAACAACGGCUGGGCGCACGUCAUUUGCGCGCUUUACAUACCAGAAGUGCGCUUCGGAAAUGUCACAACUAUGGAGCCUAUAGUGCUCCACCACAUUCCUUCAGAGAGAUAUAGCAAAACAUGCUACAUUUGUGAGGAACUGAACAAGGGCAGCAGAGCCUCAAUUGGUGCGUGCAUGCAGUGCAACAAAGCUGGCUGCAAGCAGCAGUUCCACGUGACCUGCGCCCAGGCAAUGGGGCUUUUGUGUGAAGAAGCUGGAAACUAUCAAGACAAUGUCAAAUACUGCGGCUACUGCCAGCACCAUUAUGGAAAACUGUUUUGCGUACUUCCUUUGCAGAAGAAGGGUGGAAACGUGAAAACCAUCCCUGCUUACAAACCUGUGUCUUUUGAGAGCGGCAGCACCUCAUCUGACGCAGCCUCUGAGAAAGACACGCCUCCCAAGGGUACCAAACGGAAGGGCAGCAAAAGCGUGACUGCAGUGCCGAAAGCAGAGCCUGAAAAGCCCGCCGCGCCUGAACCCCCUCCAGUGAGCUUUGCUGCCGCUGUGCCCACCACUUCCACUGCCGCCCCUAAAUUCACCGCGUCCAACUUCGUGGAGGUGAGUCCGGCGCCGCUGUCCGCCUCCGGAGGCAAGAAGCGCAAGAGCCGCAACUCGCCCACGCCGCCCAUCGUGCCAAAAGAGGAGGAAGCCGAGGCCGAGAAGAAGAUCAAGCUGGAGGAGCAGCCGCCUGAAACGCCGCCGCCCCCGGCCAAGUCGCCCAAAGUGCCACCCAUCGUGCUCCAGCAGCCGUCGGUCGUUGUUGCCACGCCGCCGGCCGCCUCCUCCUUACCCCCUCAGGCCUCCCCACCGCACUCUGGAGGUGGUGGCGGUGGACUCAUCUUUUCCACUACCUCCUCGCACCCCCAACAAACACCUUCUGACACAGCUGCAAAAGACGCGGCGGCGGCAGUGAUGGCGGAGACGGCCAAACUGUUUGGACUACCUGCAGAAGCAGCUGUGUUGAAGCCCCGAGGAAGAUCGCAAUCAACCGAGAAAAGUGAGAAGGUAGCUAAAAAAGCGAGGCGGAAGAGUCCAGUGGCGACAGGGCGACGAGCAAAGAACUCGAGCCUAGUUUCACCCCCGCCCGAGAACCCAUCCACAUCUGCAGACGCGUCAUCGUCGGUGCCAGCCAUGAAUAGUUUGCUGCAGUUCUCAAACAUUGCUGCCAAUGCAGCGCCAGUGCUCGUGCCCCCGCGCCUUACGGAAGACCCUUCGGUACCUGACCCUACCCGCAAAGCGCCGCAACUGCUGCAAAAGUCGUCUGCCAAGUCGCCAAAGGAGACUAAGGAUUACAAGCUGUACCAAAACGGCGUGGGAAACGCUGCACCGCACAUGCUGGGCAACAUCCUGAACCCUAAUUCGUCGAUGGCGCAGAAAAUGACGGACACUCUGAACGCAGAGAUGGAAGCGCACAGCGUCUUCACUCCUACAUCAAGCAGCAGCAGCAGUAGCUUGGUCGGGCCGCAACUGCCGUCCAAAGUGGUCGCCUCGACGCGAAACAGCAUAAACAACAUGCUUGGGCUUGGCUCUCCCAAUGGCUCCCUGAGCAGCGGAAACGCGUUCUCGUCAGCCCUGGCAGGAGCACCUGGAGCCGCCAACAAUUUGCCCCAGAGCCUGGACCAGCUGCUGGAGAGGCAGUGGGAGCAAGGUAGCCAAUUCCUCAUGGAGCAAGCCCAGCACUUUGACAUUGCAUCACUGUUGACGUGCUUGCACCAACUGCGCGCUGAAAACAUCAAGCUGGAGGAUCACGUGUUGAAUCUACAGCAAAGGAGGGACCACCUUCUGGCUGUCAAUGCCAGGCUAGCCAUUCCACUGCCUCCUAAUCAACCAGUUACAGCAGCUAUGCGCUCAACGCCUCCGCAACAGCGCAGCGCCAUUCCGCCCUCUAUGAACAACUAUCCGGUGGAAAACGGUAUCCCAACCGAAGCCAAUAUUCUGUCUUCGUUUUCUAACAGAAGUCCAGUGGCCACCUCUAGUGAGCGCAGCUUCAGUGGCCAAUCUGCUCAUCCCCCACCGCCUCAAAUGUCAAGGAGUGGCUACUAUGAAAGGCAGAGUCCUGCUAGUGGCGUCCCGAACUCAUCUCAAGGCCCGCCACCUCAGCAGCAACAAUCGCAGACCUCGCCUCACUCCAAUAAUAUCGGCACCCUAAGGAUGAAUCCACUCCAAAUCGCUGAGCAGUUCCGCAGAGAGGAAUCGCGAAGUGGAAGAAGUCAAGGUGGAAUGCCACAGAUGCAGAUGUAUACUCCCUAUCAAGCUGUGUCUCCCCCCGUUGCUCAGUCUUCAUCUCAUGUACCAGUAGUGACAUCUCAUCAGCCGAUGGUGAUUCGGCGGGAGGGCAUGCCAAUGGAGCACUCGAACCUGAUGCUGCACAUGCACCACCACCAGAAGCAGAGCUGAGGCCGGCCCCCCUUGCCGCUUCCAGUGCCGCCCCCGAGCCAAGUGCACCCUAACCUCAGCCUCUGGCUGCGGCACACCUUCAACCUGUAGGUUAAGACUCUGAAUUGCUCUGAUUUUCGUUCACUGCCAGGACCAUCUCUGCAAUUUUCGACUGCUCUGCCUUUUCAAGUCUUACUAAUUGAUGUGAUUUUUCCUAUGUCGAUGGAUGGGUUUGAACUAUCUGUGAUCCCUAGCCAGUCCUAAGGACUGUGUCUGCGUGGGAUAGCUUUUUUGUUAGUUACUACAAUCUGAUUGGAACAGGUAACAGCCCCGUUGCAGCUAUUCAAUGGUUCGCACCAGAAGCAGUCAAGCAGAGGUGGUUGUUUUAUGAUAAUAAUUGUGUACUAGGAUGGUUGAUUCCUUUGAUAAGACUUUGUGCAAUCCAAGCAUUGAAAGCAGUAGGUGUUUAAGGUGUAAAAAUGUUCAACUGGAUGUGCGUGCCGAUGUUUAUACUCUCGGACAACUCUUUAAAUAGUUGAUCUUGUUACAGAUUUUUUGUUUUUCUCCUCUUUGUGUAAUCAAAACCACGUAUGUCAAUGUAUGAUGACGCUCUUUCCGGUUAUUAUUUUUUGUACCAGAGAUUUUCUUAUAGAUUGUUCUUUGGAUGUGAUCCAAAAUAAAAUAAUUCAUUUUCCAUUUCACUUUGAA